CGAGCUUUUUUCAUGCUCAGCGUCUUCGUGCGAUGUCGUCUAUCCCCGGACACACUCAGCGAACGCUAAAACCAUGAUUGACAAUAAUGGCGGCGCAUUUAUUUUGAGUUGACUGACUCAAGGGAGGCGUUUCACAAAGAAAAUAACUUGGAUAUAAAAUCUGCCUUUCGCGCAAUAACAACAAGGAUUAUUUCAUGCAAAAUCACCCCGUUUUGCUCACGCCUUUUGGACUUACCUACCAGAGGAAAACAGGGUUAUCUCGCUAGCUGUUGUUAGCUGGCUACUUAGCUAGCCUGCUCGCUAAGUUAAGAGGUGGCAUUCUUCUGUGUGGAGAGAAGAAGAGGAGAGACACCCAGCUCAUCUACACACACAUUUCUACACUAGCUCUGUGGAUUCUUUGUGUGUUGGUGGAGCGGUACAUUGGUCUUUCACAACACAACCACGAAUGUAGGUUUUUUCACGUUGCUAGUUUCUCACAAUAGUUGGGAAAAUAAGGUGCGUGCCUCCUUGGGUAGCCAAUAGCUACUUCCCGCUAGCAGGCUAGCCUUUCAGCGGCUCGCUCCACAUUACCUUCCUGUCAAGACUUGCACUCGCGAGCUGCUCCCAAGCCCUCCAUCACAGCGCACAUCGCUGGCUGGCUUUGUCUAGCUGGCUUAUUAACCCGAUUGGCUGUGGCAUUGCGAGACAGUUUCGCAAAUGACCACUGGCAGGAAUAACCGGGUGAUGAUGGAAGGAGUCGGGGCGAGGGUGCUCCGUGGACCCGAUUGGAAAUGGGGUAAACAGGAUGGCGGAGAGGGACAUGUUGGGACUGUGCGGAGUUUUGAAAGUCCCGAAGAAGUGGUCGUUGUGUGGGACAACGGAACGGCUGCUAACUACCGCUGUUCAGGGGCGUACGACGUGAGGAUAUUUGACAGUGCUCCUACAGGGAUCAAGCAUGACGGCACCAUGUGUGACACCUGCCGCCAACAGCCCAUCAUUGGGAUCAGAUGGAAGUGUGCCGAGUGCACCAACUAUGACCUUUGCACAACUUGUUACCAUGGGGACAAGCAUCACCUCAGACACCGGUUCUACAGGAUUACCACCCCUGGCAGUGAGAGAGUGCUAUUGGAGUCCCGCAGGAAGUCCAAGAAGAUCACUGCCCGGGGCAUCUUCACGGGGGGCCGGGUGGUGAGAGGAGUGGACUGGCAGUGGGAGGACCAGGAUGGAGGCAACGGCAGGAGGGGAAAGGUGACCGAGAUCCAGGACUGGAGCGCUGCCAGUCCCCACAGCGCUGCGUACGUGCUGUGGGACAACGGCGCCAAGAACCUGUACCGAGUUGGCUUUGAGGGAAUGUCGGACCUGAAAUGUGUCCAGGAUGCCAAAGGCGGCUCGUUCUACAGAGACCACUGCCCGGUGCUGGGCGAGCAGAACGGCAACAGGAACCCAGGGGGUCUUCAGAUCGGGGACCUGGUCAACAUCGACCUGGACCUGGAGAUCGUCCAGUCCCUCCAGCACGGCCACGGUGGCUGGACGGACGGCAUGUUUGAGACCCUCACCACCACCGGUACGGUGUGUGGCAUCGACGAGGACCACGACAUCGUGGUGCAGUACCCCAGCGGGAACAGGUGGACGUUCAACCCGGCGGUGCUGACCAAGGCCAACGUGGUGCGCAGUGGCGAGGCGGCAGCCGGCGCCGAGGGCGGCAGCUGCCAGUUCCUGGUGGGCGACCUAGUCCAGAUCUGCUACGACAUCGACCGCAUCAAGCUGCUGCAGCGCGGACACGGCGAGUGGGCAGAGGCCAUGCUGCCGACGCUGGGCAAGGUGGGCCGCGUGCAGCAGAUCUACUCUGACAGCGACCUGAAGGUGGAGGUCUGCGGCACCUCGUGGACGUACAACCCCGCCGCUGUCACCAAGGUGGCCCCCUCCGGCGCCGCUGUCACCAACGCUUCGGGAGAGCGCCUGUCCCAGCUGCUGAAGAAGCUGUUUGAGACGCAGGAGUCGGGCGACAUCAACGAGGAGCUGGUGAAGGCGGCGGCCAACGGAGACCUGGCCAAGGUGGAGGACAUCCUCAUGAGGCCCGACGUGGAUGUGAACGGGCAGUGUGCUGGACACACGGCCAUGCAGGCAGCCAGUCAAAACGGUCAUGUCGACGUGCUCAAGCUGUUGCUCAAACACAACGUGGACCUGGAAGCCGAGGACAAAGACGGAGACCGGGCCGUCCAUCACGCAGCCUUCGGAGACGAGGGCUCGGUCAUCGAGGUCCUGCAGAGGGGCGGGGCCGACCUGAACGCCAGGAACAAGCGCAGGCAGACGCCGCUGCACAUCGCUGUUAACAAGGGCCACCUCCAGGUGGUCAAAACCCUGCUGGACUUCGGCUGUCACCCCAGCCUCCAGGACUCGGAAGGAGACACGCCCCUGCACGACGCCAUCAGCAAGAAGCGGGACGACAUGCUGUCGGUGUUGCUGGAGGCCAGCGCUGACGUCACCAUCACCAACAACAACGGCUUCAACGCCCUGCACCACGCCGCCCUGCGAGGGAAUCCCAGCGCCAUGCGGGUGCUGCUCUCCAAGCUGCCGCGGCCGUGGAUCGUGGACGAGAAGAAGGACGACGGCUACACGGCGCUCCACCUGGCGGCCCUCAACAACCACGUGGAAGUGGCGGAGCUGCUCGUGCACCAGGGAAGCGCUAGCCUUGACAUCCAGAACGUCAACCAGCAGACCGCCCUCCACCUGGCAGUGGAGCGACAGCACACACAGAUAGUCCGGCUGCUGGUGCGUGCGGCGGCCAAGCUGGACGUGCAGGACAAGGAUGGGGACACGCCGCUGCACGAGUCCCUGCGCCACCACACCCUGUCCCAGCUGCGCCAGCUGCAGGACAUGCAGGACGUCAGCAAGGUGGAGCCCUGGGAGCCCUCAAAGAACACGCUGAUCAUGGGCCUGGGCACCCAGGGGGCAGAGAAGAAGAGCGCAGCGUCCAUCGCGUGCUUCCUGGCGGCCAACGGCGCCGACCUGACCAUCCGGAACAAGAAGGGGCAGUCCCCUCUAGACCUGUGUCCCGACCCCAGCCUCUGCAAGGCCUUGGCCAAGUGCCACAAGGAGAAGAGCAGUGGGCAGGUGGGCUCACGCAGCCCCUCUCUGAACAGCAACAUGGAGUCGCUGGAGGAGUGCAUGGUGUGCUCGGACAUGAAGCGCGACACGCUGUUCGCACCGUGCGGACACAUCGCCACCUGCUCCCUGUGCUCGCCGCGCGUCAAAAAGUGUCUCAUCUGCAAAGACCAGGUCCAGUCCAGAAUCAAGAUUGAGGAGUGUGUCGUUUGCUCCGACAAAAAGGCCGCCGUGCUCUUCCAGCCCUGUGGUCACAUGUGCGCUUGUGAGAACUGUGCCAGCCUCAUGAAGAAGUGCGUACAGUGCCGGGCUGUGGUGGAGCGCCGCACCCCCUUCGUCAUGUGCUGCGGGGGGAAAGGUAUGGAGGAUGAGGCCGCAGAUGAUGAGGAUGAUGAUGAGGAUGAUGAGGAGGAUGAGGAUGAGGAGGACCUUACAGGGAGCACUAACUCUAUGGCAGGGGGCUCGCAGGAUCUGCUCCAGCCCAACAAUCUGGCGCUAAGUUGGUCCAGCGGAAACAUCCCGGGCCUGCAGCGCGACAAGGACAACACCAACGUGAACGCAGACGUGCAGAAGCUCCAGCAGCAGCUCCAGGACAUCAAGGAGCAGGUGAGGACAAACACCAUGUGCCCCGUGUGCCUGGACCGGCUGAAGAACAUGAUCUUCAUGUGCGGACACGGCACCUGCCAGCUGUGUGGCGACCGCAUGAGCGAGUGUCCCAUCUGCCGCAAGGCCAUCGAGCGCCGCAUCCUCCUCUACUAGAAGCCCCCGCCUGCCGCUGCUGUGGGUCCCACUGACCCUCACCUGCCUCCGCCUCCCCCCCAGCAACCACAGCGCCCAUCUCCUCCCCCCUCCCCCCCCCCCAACCGC